CAUAAGCACAGGGGAAAGACCAUGACAUUUCAUGAUGUCAUGGAAGCCGCUCUCUUUAAAAGUCAAAGCAGAGGAAGUGAGCUUCAGAGUUGAAGAGCGUGCAGAAUGGAGAUCAAAACAGUCUUAGUUAUUUACGCUUUCAUCUUGAUUGUAGGAGGCAUAAGAAAAUGUUUGGCAAAAAGUAUCUUACAGUGGUGGAAGGAGAAACACUGGUUUUGAAAUGUCCUCGAAGGAACUUCAGUGAGAGUGGACACAUGGAGUGGAGAAAUCCACAAGGCCGUCUUUUGUUCUUCAACAAUCAUAAAGCGCUAAGAGACCCAAGAAGUAGCAUUUUUACUUUAAACAGCUCUGAAUUUACAUUACACCUGUCCAACGUUACCUUAAAAGAUGAAGGGACUUAUAGAUGUCUACUGUAUGACGAUGAUGUCAUUGAAAAAAGAUUUCAUGUAAAAGUAUUGGGAAUGCCAAAAAUAGAAAUGGUCGAGUAUAAAGAUAAAACAAUCAUCAAGUGUACAGCAGAAGCGAAUGGCCACCCACCUGAUCUCUCAUGGCAAAUCAGUGGGGUUGAAAUUGAAGCUCUACCCAAUACCUUGAGGGAGGAAAGAUCCAACAGGACACUCGCAGUUAGCGUCUUAACAGUCAAAACUCAUAUCAGGACAGCAACGGUGAUGUGCCUGGCAAAACAUCAAGCUCUCUCACAACAACUGAUACAUUUCAUCACUAUUGAAAAUCAAUCUGUUACGGCCUCCACGACAAGGUACGCCAGAACUAGAGAUGCGCUAACGAUCACAGCCACUUCUACUCCUGUCUUUAGCAGUACAGCACACAUGGAACUGUCGUCAAUUUCAGAAAGUACUGAAGUGCCCCCAACAGAAGAUAUAACUAACUCAAAAGUAGAGGAACAUUCCACAGCGACAGAUAUAAACUUGACAACACACCUCAUAAACUCUUCAGAGACAAAUUCAACCGAAGACUUCGUGACCAAAAAUGCCACCGAUUUAACAGAUUUUGACAGACGACGCGAUGUAAAGGAAAGCUCACCACUGCUGAUCCUGCUGGUCACAAGCCUUAUUAUAGCUUUGCUUAUUGUAGUCAUCUUCUUCUUGAUCAGACUGCAAAAGGCACAUUUAGCCUGGAAAAAAGAGAAUGAAGAAUCAGACCAGUCGGUGGAAAGCAGCAAAUCAAAAUCCAGUCAUGAAGAAAAGCAGUCCCAGGAAAGGCGAAGACAAGGUUUUUGGAACUCAAAUUUCACAGAAUACAAAGUGGAAGAAGCUCCACAGAAUACAGCAAAUUCAGUGGCUACAGUAGAUGUGAUCACUGAAACAGAAGACAGUUCAACAGCAGCUUGUAACAACCUUGUCAGAGCUUGUGUCAAGGAGACUGAACUCUAAGAGGACAAUUCAGCAGGUUCUGAAUCCUCAUAAGAGACUGAACUGAUUUUACAGUUCUGUUAUGAACAAUGGUGCUCACUAAAAGAUGAUAAAUAUAGCUACCAACUUUUGUAUAUUCUUGUAUGUACUGUUUUUACUAUUCAUUUAUUGCUGGUUUACAUUAUUUUUAUGAAUGUAAAGAAGUGUUUUAUUACAAUGAAUUUUUUAUAAUGUGUUUACAGUGUUCUCUUGAUUAAAUUGCAAUAGACUGCCAUUUCAUCAUUUUAUUGUAAAUGUGUAUUUUUAACCUGAAAUGGUUGCUGCUUUCACUGUUUUGACAUUCAAAAGUCAGUAUGCCUUUUUUAUAAAUAGUGCAGAAAAUUAA